GGGGGAGGUAAAGAGAAAGGAGGAGCAAUGCUGAAGGCUGAUGGAGUCCACCCCAAUAGCUAUUUCUCUUCAUCAACAUCUACUUCCCCAGCACCCUCAAAGUGAGAAAAGGCUCAGGGUGUCCAAGUCUACAACCACCACUACUGCCUACAACCCCCUUCCCACCUCCCCUACUAAAGGGGAUGGAGACAGAGAGACUCCAGGAAGAAGACGAAGAUGAGACUGAGCAGAGCCUUCCCCCAGAUGAUCAGGGCUGGCCCUCUCUGAAUACUAUCAGACCUUGGAGAUCUGCACCCUCAACCCCUCCCCAUUCCAGGGACCAAAACACAGCCCUGGGACCCCGCUCGGCCUCCAUGCUCUCCCUGCAGACAGAACUCUUCCUGGACUUGGUAGCAGAAGCUCAGUCCAAAAGGCUGGAAGGACAGAGAGCCAUCUUCCACACUCCCCCUGGCUCUCUAGCCACAGCCUCCGCCCAAGUCCAGGUUACAGAGGAUAGAGACCAGCUCUACAGCACCAUCCUCAGUCACCAGUGCCAGCGUAUUGAAGCUCAGCGGUCAGACCCGCCCCUUCCACCAGGAGGGCAAGAGCUCCUGGAGCUGCUGUUGAGGGUGCAGGGAGGUGGCCGAAUGGAGGAGCAAAGGUCCAGACCUCCUACACAUACCUGCUGAGCUCUCCCCCUCUCCUCCUGAAGUUGGGGGUGGUGGAGUAAGGGACUGAGAACACUGGCAAAGAAUUGUUUCAGUGCAGAUCUGUCUCCAGGGGGCACUAGGGACUGCAGAAGGCAGCGAACACCUCAGAAUCAACUCCUCACCUCCAUUCUUCUCUGUGGGUAUACUGAUGCUGAGACCCCUAAACUUUCCCCACUGAGGAAUUCCAGGACAUUCUCUAGGAGAAUCAAGAGUAGGGAUAGGAAGGACAGAGGAGGAUAAGAGCAUUGUGGGCGAGGGAGUGAAAAGGGGGAAUCCUGGUAACUGAAACCGUCCCUGGAGGGCACCUACCCUCUUUGUCCCACUUGGAUCUGAAGUGCUGCGGUCAGAACAGAAUUAAAUCUUAAGGAAUGACAGAGACUAUCCAGAUCCAAUCAGACAUGUACUGCCAGCAAUAUCAGUAUCCCAAAGGUUUCUCUGCCCUCCUAAGAAACUCUCAGAAGUGCAAAUGGGACAGCACCUCUAUACUUUAGCCCUGGUUACUCCCAAGACACACACAUCACUGCCCCCUGAAGGGGACCAAUUUCCAUCCGCACUCCCUCCCUGCCUCCAAAAAGGCCAGGACCUUUGAGAGGAUAGAGUGCUGCCCUGGAUAAACAGCUGUGGCCUCUUUGCCCCUUUCCCAACAUCCACCUUUCCCUUCAGUGAGGGGAAAGGCUUGGGAACUCUGAGGGAAGAGAUUAGAACCCUCCAGCCCCUACACCCUACCCCCCAUCUCAUCCUUUGAGAGAACAGGAUGGAGUGGGGAGGCCCAAGGACAGAGGCCCCUUCUUCUCCACCCCACCUCCCCAAGUGCUUGAUGUUCCAAUUUUGUGAAUAAAUUUAAUUUCCUUCUCA